AGGAAUGAAGGCAGAAACCUUCCUGGGGCUGCUGGUGAUCCUCAGCCUGUUCCAGGCAUCUGUAUCCUCUUCCUACGAUGUGCCGCUGCAGCUGUCGGACACGGCCCUGCUCAGCAGCGUGGCUGAGGCCCGGCACCUGGUGGAUGCUGCCUACAGGCGCACACGGGAGCGCAUAAAGAAGAGCCUGCAGAACAAUGCCUUGACCCCAGCAGAGCUCCUGAGAUAUUUCAAGCAGCCCGUGGGAGGGACACGAGAGGCUGUCCGGGCAGCAGAUUACCUGCAGACCACCCUGAGCCUGCUCAAAGAGAGAAUGCAAGGGGCUGUGAGGGGGGACUUCAACGUUACAGACUUGCUGACUCCAGCUCAGGUGGAGGUGAUUUUCAAGGCCACUGGAUGUGACCAGCAGGAUAAGAAAAUAAAUUGUGCAUCUUCUGGCUACAGAACCAUUACUGGAGAGUGCAACAACAGGAGGAACCCAUCCCUAGGAGCUUCCAACAGAGCCCUGGCCAGGUGGCUGCCAGCGGAAUAUGAGGAUGGCGUGUCGGUGCCUCGCGGGUGGACGGAAGGAAAACGUUUCUCUGGGUUCCCCCUUCCACUGGUCCGACAAGUGUCCAACGAGAUUGUCCGCUUCCCCCCAGAGCUGCUGCGGAUGGACCAGCAGAGAUCCCUCAUGUUCAUGCAGUGGGGCCAGUUUAUUGACCACGACCUGGAUUUCAGCCCAGAAACCCCAGCCAGAGUCCCCUUCAGUGGUGGGACAGACUGUGACACCAGCUGUGCCAAGGAGCCUCCCUGCUUUCCCAUCCAGAUCCCACCCAACGACCCCCGGAUCACCAACAGGAGGGAUUGCCUCCCUUUCUUCCGCUCGGCGGCGGCCUGCCCGCGGGCCCGGGCGGUGCGGGAGCAGAUCAACGCCCUCACCUCCUUCCUGGACGGCAGUGUCGUGUACGGCAGCGAGCCCGCCCUGGCCGAGCGGCUGCGGGACCGCGGCAGCCAGAGCGGCCUCCUGGCUGUGAACCGCAACUUCACCGACAGGGGCAGGGCCUACAUGCCCUUCGGCCCCAUGAGGAAGGAGCCCUGCCUCAAGGCCAGCGGGCCGGCUCGGAUCCCUUGUUUUCUUGCAGGUGACACCCGUGCCAGUGAGAUGCUGGAGCUGGCCUGCAUGCACACGCUCUUUGUGCGGGAGCACAACCGCCUGGCUGGAAAGCUGAGGAGCCUCAACCCCCACUGGAAUGAUGAGAAGCUCUACCAGGAGGCACGAAAGAUCCUGGGAGCCAUGAUCCAGAUCAUAACUUACAGGGACUACCUGCCUCUCCUGUUGGGAUCCAAGUUCCACAGGCUCAUUCCUCGCUACCGGGGCUACAAUGAGUCUGUGGAUCCUCGGAUAUCCAAUGUCUUCACCUUGGCUUUUCGCUUUGCUCAUGCCUCAAUCCCUCCAACUGUUGGCCGCCUAGAUGAAUAUUACAGACCCAUAACUCCUGAAAUUCAGCUCAGAACCUCCUUCUUUGCUGUUUGGAGAAUCAUUCAAGAAGGUGGGAUUGAUCCCUAUCUCCGGAGCCUCAUGGCCAACCAGGCCAAGCUGAUGACGCAGCAGCAGAUGGUGGUGGGCGAGCUCCGGGACCGGCUCUUUGAGCAGGUCGAGAGGAUUGGGUUUGAUUUAGCUGCACUCAACAUGCAGCGCAGCCGAGAUCAUGGCCUUCCAGGUUACAAGUCCUGGAGAAAAUUCUGUGGGCUCUCACAGCCCUCUGGAGUGGAGUCACUCGGGCACGUGUUGAGGAAUCAGAACCUGGCAAGGAAAUUCCUGAAGCUCUAUGGGACACCAAAGAAUAUUGACAUCUGGAUUGGGGCCCUUGCAGAGCCCUUUGUGAAAGGAGGCCGGGUGGGGCCUCUCAUGGCCUGUCUCAUUGGCACCCAGUUCAGGAACAUUCGUGAUGGGGACAGGUUUUGGUGGCAGAACCCCGGAGUUUUCACUCCUUGCCAGCGCCGUUCACUGGCCAAAAUCUCCUUGUCACGAAUAAUAUGUGACAAUACCCACAUCACUAAAGUAUCAAGGAAUAUCUUCCAGGCUAACAGAUACCCCCAUGGCUUUGUGAGCUGCAGUCAGAUCCCAAAGCUGGACCUCAGACCCUGGAAGUCAAAGAGCACCGAGGAGCAAGAAAAAGAUUCUGGUGACUUUAAAUGCUGA